ACAGAUGAAACCACCGUUGUUCUGGGGAAUCCCAGGCAGCCUCAGCACAUCACCAAAACUGGCAGUGCUAACUGGGCUGAACGUAGCGGAGGAGUUGCGUGCCUUCUCUGUGUGGUCAUAUGUGGACUCACUGCAGCACAUCUGGCUGUGAAGCUGUUCCUAGGGUGAGGUAUGGUGACUGUUCAUCUCCUCUGGGGUCAUUUUUUCCACUUCAUCAGCGGUGAAGAGAUUGCAGUCUUGGUGCAGGGAACGCUUGGCGAGAGGUGGUGCUGCGAAAUCUGCUGCUGACAGAACUGCCUGGAGGUGGAAAGUUUGAUUCUUUCGGGAGCUUUUUUACCACUCUCCCAUAAUGUCUGAGCUUUUCUUACCCAAGGUUGAUAUAAAUGCAGCCUUAGUUCACUUAUAAUUGUAAUAAAGUUUAUGUAGUGCAAUUUCUAUAGAUAGAUGGCAGGUGGUGGGAGGGGAAUGCAAGUACUGUUUAUCCGCUGGACGGCGCUGUUGUUUUGUGCAAACAGCAGAGGUCCUGCAUAGCUCCAACUCAAAACCUCGGGUACUGUUUUUCUUCAGCAAGAAUUAGGAAGGAGGAUGUGCACAAUCUUUUCCUACUUAGCAAAUUUCUGGUGAAUCCUGUAUCUUGUGAUCUGCCUUUUAUCUGGAAUUCCUGGGACUGGCUGAACUUAGUUACUAAAUAUGGAAAAAGUCAUAUUUUCACUGGUUUCCACCCAGCCCCUUUCAAGUCUGAGUAAUUCAUCUUCGUUGGGGCCAGAUUAUUAUUAUUAUUAUUUUUAAUGUAAAUCUUUCCUCAGUCCUUCAAUUCCCAAGGGUUCAGCUUUGUUUCAUCUGCAGGAUGAGUAUUUGCUGGCUCAGUCAAGUGCACUAAGUUAGCUAAGAGUCAUUAGAAUAAUAGCAUGUUGUCAAGAGGACUACUUGUGUCUGAAGGAAGAAGACUUCUGUUUCAAGCAGCACUGCAUGAAAAUUGUAGCUUAGGUGUUGCCAGUUAUUCCUCCUGUGUGGGCUGAGUUUCCUUGUCUUGCAGCAAAGGAUUCCUGUGUCAUAUCUGCUGUCCUCGUGGCAGGAUAGAGCCACAUGGCAUUAGUGAAGAAGGGGAAUGGUGGGGCAUAUGAAUCCCAGUCACCCUGAAAUAGGGGAAGUGGCAUUCUGAAGGCUUGUUUCUAGGGGGGAAAUUGUAUCUUACAGCUAUUUUCAGGCUGCCUUAGCCCUUCUUCCCUCUUGUGCGUAGACCAUGCCAGUUUCAACAACCCUACCAUUGCACUGUUAAAUUGGCAGUGCUGCGAGUGGGAUAAUGAGACAGUACCCUAAAAUGUCUUGAGGAAAUUGACACUGUCCCAUACAACCCUGUUGUCUUCCUGUCAGCACAGUGGAGGUGGAAAAAUUGCUGUUUGGUUUUACGCCUCAUUUAGGCAACAGUAGGAUCCCUCGUGCUGCCCCUGAGGUCUUCAGGAGACUUCGGUCCCAAGUGUUCUCCCUUAUGGCUGUUCUCACAGAUAACAUCCACAUCGGAGUGCAAAACGAGAGCAGGAAAUCUGAUGUCGAUGUAGUGAGAAUAUAAGUAAUUUCAACAGAUAAAUUUCUUUGUGAUACAAGGACAUAAAGGAAAAUCCUGCACCGUAGGUUCGUGGACCUUGAGGAAAAGCCUUGGGGGAAGCACCCACCGCAGGAAUGAUCUGCCUGGGAUGCAGUGCAGCUGUGUGAUGUGAAGAUCCUACAGAUGGUGGUGUCAGCCACACUGCCCCUCCAGAGAGGUGAAUUUAUUUGGAAGAAAUCCAGUUACUGCUGACGUAGCUACAGGGACUUCUUGCAGAUGCUCUUUGCUGUGAUGCACGGUUGGGACAAGCUGUUCACGGAUCCAAGUUCAUCCACACCCCAUAACAGUGUUGAACUAACAUCGCUGUCAUCUGUCCGCUUGGUGAUCACUGUGAAGGGAUGGGGUGAGAGUUCCAAAGCCAAAAAGUGAAGGACUGGUCCUGGCCAUGACAGUGGAAACUUGACAGAGAGCUCAAAAGGAAUAGCUGGAGAGUGCAUACUGUAGUUAUCUUUCUGUGUGACAGCUCAGAGUGAAGGGGCAUGUUCCCAAGUCAGUGGGUGACAGCCCUGCCUAUCCCAGAGGGAUUGGAACUAGAUGAUCUUCAAGGUCUCUUCCAACUCAAGCCAUUCCGUGAUUCUUUGACUGCAAGAAUGGCUGCUCUUGUAAUUCACACCAACCCAGUGAUGCCUCCACCAGACUAGAGGCAAUUCAAGAUUUUCCAAAGUGUCUCACAUAUGCUACGAGUGGACACCCAAGACCAACAAGGUUCGGAGUAUUCCACUAAUGGGGACGCAAGGAGAAUUUCAAAGGUUGGUUUGGAGAGAAACACUGCAUGGCUCGAGCUGGAUGCUGCUGUGAGUACACCAAGCUGGGAAGGAAAGGAAGAGCAGAAGAAAACAGUGAAACCGGUUGCCAGGGUGGAGGAAGCCAAGGAGAAGGUGACUGUGAAACCAUUCCCUGAGGUGGAGGGAAUCAAGAAUACAACAGUGUCAACAGCCUCUGGGGUGGAGAGAACAAAGGAGAAAACUGCAGUGAGACCGGUUCCAGGGGUAGAGGAAGCUGAUGGAAAGAAAACAGAGAUACCACUUCCCAGGAUGAGGGGAGACAAAGAGAAGGCGACAGUGAAACCACCCUUUGGGAUGAAGGCUGCUUCUGAAAACAGCACAUCCAAAGACAAAGCAAAGCCAGAAGAGCCUUCUGCAUCAGUGAAAACCAUGAGACCUGUGACUCAGGCUGCCACAGUGACGGAAAAGAAGAAACUGAAGGCUGCUGACUUCAAGUCUGAGCCGCAGUGGGAUUUUGAUGAUGAGUACCUACUGGAUAGCUCAUCUCCAGCAUCGACCUGCUCUGAAUCAGUGAGGGCCAAGGCUGCCAAGUCUGGCUGGCUGCGAGAUCUUUUCCUGCCGAACAUCACGCUCUUCAUAGACAAGAAUUACUUCAAUGACAGCGAGUGGGACCGCCUGGAGCAUUUUGCACCUCCCUAUGGCUUCAUGGAGCUGAAUUACUCACUGGUACAAGAAGUCAUGUCACGGCUGCCCCCAAAUCCCCACCAGCAGCUGCUCCUGGCCAACAGAAGCAGCAACGUGUCAACGUGCAUCAGCUGUGCUGUUGUGGGGAAUGGAGGGAUAUUGAAUAACUCUGGAAUGGGCCAGGAGAUUGACUCCCACGACUAUGUAUUCCGAGUGAGCGGGGCUGUAAUCAAAGGUUACGAAAAGGAUGUGGGAACAAAAACCUCCUUUUAUGGAUUCACAGCGUUCUCCCUUGUGUCCUCUCUCCAGAACUUGGGACAGAAAGGGUUCAAGAAGAUCCCGCAGGGGAAGCAUAUCAGAUACAUUCACUUCCUGGAGGCAGUUAGAGACUACGAGUGGCUGAAGGCUCUUCUGCUGAACAAGGAUAUCAGGAAAGGAUUCCUCAACCACUAUGGGCAAAGGCCCCGGGAGCGAUUUGAUGAAGAUUUCACAAUGAAUAAGUACCUGGUAACUCACCCUGAUUUCCUCAGAUACUUGAAAAACAGGUUUCUAAAAUCUAAAAAUCUGCAAAAGCCUUACUGGCGUCUGUACAGACCCACCACAGGAGCCCUCCUGCUGCUGACUGCCCUGCAUCUCUGUGACCGGGUGAGUGCAUAUGGCUACAUCACAGAAGGUCACCAGAAGUACUCGAAUCACUACUACGACAAGGAGUGGAAACGCCUCGUCUUCUACAUCAACCAUGACUUCAACUUGGAGAAGCAGGUGUGGAAAAGACUUCACGAUGAGAACAUCAUUAAGCUCUACCAGAGAUCCUGACUGUGUGGCAAGGGCUGUUGCCUGGGAAAUCUCAACAGCACCUCACGGGUAACGGAAGAGAACCUCCAAAGCCAGGGUUAGCUCUGGACUUCCAGGCCCAGCUUCAGCCCCAUGAAGAUUGCUCCCUCCUUUGGUAUCUUUAUUUUCUCACAACACUCCCUAAAAUGUGCGUACUCUACAGACCAGGAGAACAGCAGCUGCCAAAGAACUCCCAUCUGACUUGUGGACAGUUGUAGGCUCUGGUGUUGGGAAAGAGGAAUCCAGGAUGAUUCUGAAUAGCAGAUGUUCCAGUGCUCUUCAUCUUCAUCCAGGUUUUCCCUCUGCAAGGAGAUGGUCCUGGGGCUGAGCUGGUUUUGCCAUGGGUGGGUUCUUGCUGUUAGUGGUGCCCUUUGUGGAGCUGGGUGUUUUGGGUAAGCAGUGGAUGAAAAUGGGGACACACGCAAUCCUGUCUCAAGAGGAUGAUUUGUGUCCUGGAGGUGCUGCUGUCACUGCUCGCUGCAGACAUAAAGGAAGGACUGAACACUUCCAAAUGAAUCUCACUUCCCAGCGUGACUUUGCUGUGGCACCUCCAAGGGAGCACUGUGAUGUCUGGUGCCCAGCCUGCUCCCCCUGGCCUAGCUCACCAUCAGCACAAGGGAAGGGGAGAGCUCUCCGUAGUGCAGCAGGAUGCUGGACAUCGUGCCUCUUGCUGUGGAGCUCCCCUGGCUGCAGACUACGUGUAGUGAGCGUGGUUAAGAAGCUGAUGCUUAGCUGUGCCAGGAGCAUGGUGCUUGCCCUCCUGCCAGGAGAAAUGAGAAUUCUCAAUGUCCAGGGAUGGGUGCUGUCUGUCCUUGCUGCUGGCUGGAGUGCCUACCCCCAUCGUGCUGAGAAAAGCACUGUUGCAGCCAGCAAGCCUUUGGAGCACUGACCUUCUGAGUGGGCUUUUGCAAACAAAAUAAAUGGCCCUGCAUUAC